AUGCCAGUGCUCCGGAAGGUGCUGCGGGUCUCCAAUCGCUCCAUGCUCGCCUUCAUCUUCUUCUUCUCCUUCUCCUCCUCCUGUCUCUACUUCAUUUAUGUGGCCCCCGGGAUCGCAAACACAUAUCUCUUCAUGGUGCAAGCUCGUGGUAUAAUGUUGAGAGAAAACGUGAAAACAAUAGGACACAUGAUCAGAUUGUACACUAACAAAAAUACUACACUGAAUGGCACAGAUUAUCCUGAAGGGAACAACUCUAGUGACUGUGUGGCUCAAACACCAAUGUACCUUCCAGAAAACUUCACUUACUCUCCUUACCAGGCUUGUCCAGAGAAGCUGCCUUACAUGAGAGGCCUUAUCGAUGUCAAUAUGAGUGAAAUCAGUUUUGAUGAGAUUCAGCAACUGUUUUCAAAAGAUUUAGACAUUAAACCAGGAGGACACUGGAAGCCAAAAGACUGUAAGCCACGAUGGAAGGUGGCAAUCCUUAUUCCUUUCCGGAAUCGCCACGAGCAUCUUCCAAUUUUUUUCCGCCAUCUGAUCCCUAUGUUGCAGAAGCAGCGGCUGGAGUUUGCCUUCUAUGUUGUUGAACAGGCAGGUACACAACCUUUUAAUCGUGCAAUGCUCUUUAAUGUUGGCUUCAAAGAGGCCAUGAAGGAUGCUGUCUGGGACUGCAUAAUAUUUCAUGAUGUGGAUCACUUACCUGAAAAUGACAGAAAUUACUAUGGCUGUGGAGAAAUGCCACGGCAUUUUGCAGCAAAGCUGGACAAAUAUAUGUACAUCCUCCCAUACAAUGAGUUCUUUGGUGGUGUAAGUGGCCUGACGGUGGAACAGUUCAAGAAGAUCAAUGGGUUUCCAAAUGCCUUUUGGGGAUGGGGUGGAGAAGAUGAUGAUCUUUGGAACAGGGUUCACUAUGCUGGGUAUAAUGUAACAAGACCAGAGGGAGAUUUAGGGAAGUACAAAUCCAUUCCUCACCAUCACAGAGGUGAAGUCCAGUUUUUAGGACGAUACAAACUUCUGAGGUAUUCCAGAGAGCGUCAGUAUAUUGAUGGGUUGAACAAUUUAAUAUAUACUCCUAAAAUACUUGUCAGUAGGUUGUAUAAAAAUAUAACUGUUAAUCUCAUACCAGAACUCGCUCCUGUUAGAGACUAUUGAUGGAAGUGGAAUGACAGACUGCCCUACCAGAAGAAACUUUUAAACCUGGAAGCUACUAAAAGACACUGUAAACCAAAACCAACCCAACAAACAGCAGCUUAGAAUUAGAGAUUUGUGACCAUUUCGAUGCAUAUUUGGGAUGAGAAGUGACUGCAUGUACCAUGGAAAAGAAAAGCAAAGCCAAGCCAGCAGCUACCACUCAGCAGCACCACUCAGAUGUUUACAGCAUGAGACUACUGUCCAAGCCUUCAUUCUUCAUGUUCUUAACUACUCAGCUAAAGAAACUGCAGAACACAGACUUGUAGCUUCUCUGGAAGUAGGGACAGAAGGGACCACUU